AUGCCUUGGGGCCAGAAGCAUAAGCGCCGUACCAAUGAAAAAAAAGGCCGGGCAAGAUGUGAGAGCCAGGAUCUCAGGGGUGCUCAGGCCACUGCAACAGCAGCAGAAGAGUCCCACUCCUCUCCUGUUUUGGGGUGCAUUACACAGAGUAAGCCUGGUGCUCGUUCAUGUGACACUCCCCAGCAAGCUCAGAGAUCCUUAUCCACCACCACUAUUUCUGCAGGUGUUUCAUGCCCAAGAUCUCAUGAAGGUGCCAACUGCAAAGAUGGGAAAAGGGGACGUUCUUCCCAGGCCCUGCAAUCCACUGCACAGUCAGGCAAAGACUCUCUAAAAAAGCAGGUGAAUUUGUUGGUGCAGUUCCUGAUGCACAAGUAUAAAACAAAAAAGCCCAUUAUGAAGGCAGACAUGAUGAAAAUUGUCAGCAAGAAGCACAAGCGUCACUUCCUUGAGAUCCUCAGGAUAGCUUCUUUCAGCAUGGAGGUGGUCUUUGGCAUUGACUUAAAAGAAGUUGACUCUAUCAAGCACUUCUAUGACUUUGUCAGCAAAAUGGACCUCCCCAACAAUGGAAGGAUGAAUCGUGGCAGGGGGUUGCCAAAGACUGGUCUCCUGAUGACUCUCCUUGGUGUGAUUUUCAUGAAGGGCAAUUAUGCUACAGAGGAGGAGAUCUGGGAAUUCCUGAAUAAGAUGAAAAUAUAUGAAGGGAAGAAGCACUUCAUCUAUGGGGAGCCCAAGAAGUUCAUCAUGAAAGAUUUGGUGCAGGAAAAGUACUUGGAGUACCAGCAGGUGCCCAACAGUGACCCUCCAUGCUAUGAAUUCCUGUGGGGUCCAAGAGCCCACACUGAAACCAGCAAGAUGAAGGUCCUGGAAUUUUUGGCCAAGAUCAAUCAAACAGUCCCCAGUGCCUUCAAGGACCGGUAUGAGGAGGCUUUGAGAGAUGAAGAAGAGAGAGCUGGAGUCAGAGUUGCAGCCAUAGCUGACACUACUGAAUGUCCAGAGCAGGUCCCAGAACCAGCAGCUCUUCCCCCCGUUAGUGGAGUUGAGGAAGAUUCUUGUCCUGUGGUUGAAGAAGGCAGUCAAUGUUCCACGUAG